GUUCGGUUUUGUAUUAGUUACUAUAACAACAGGUUGCGAAUAAAACGGCAAUAAACCGUAUCAAAGCGUAGCCAAACUUCCUGAUCGUAUUCGCCUUCACGCCAUGUCUACUUCAAAAGCGACGCGACAAAACCAGAAACAACCGUCUGUUUACUGUAGACAGCCGCGUUAAAUAAAACAGGAGCGUUUCUGUGUUUCGCAUCGCGCUCAUUGUACAGUGUCGACACCGGAGGUCACUUCCUGAUUUACUGACUGUCCUAACACUUUCAAACAGCUCUGCCUCUCUUCAAAUGACAGCGUUUUGAGCGAUUGAAACGCUAUGCUGUCGCUACAGGUGUAGUGGACAAUAGUUUUUAAUUUUGUUUGAGACGAAGCGACACACUUAUAAGCAGGUGAAUUCAUCGAUGCGUAUGUUUUCCUGGUAGUGAGUUUAUCGGUGAGGAUGUUUUAAAAUGGCGCUGGCAGUAUCAGAACAGAUAUGCAGACGUAUUUGAUGUCUUGUGUUUUGGAGUGUCGGGAGUGAUGGUGAGGAGGUGAUGGCGCGUGCACACGCAUCACUUCACGUGCAGCGAGACCAUGGCAGAAGCAGUACACGCGUCUAAUGAAACCUGUCAACAUAAAGAUGGUUCCCAAGAGUCUUCAUUCGGUGACCCAUCAUUCAGCCAGUGUUUGCAGAUUGCCUCCAAGCCCAUCCAAAACCAUCUCAACCAUCACAUUCCCUCAGAAUCUCAGUUACAACAUCUCAGCUGCAAACCAUUCACUCCCAUUAAUGGCCAACGUGAUGACGAUUGCAGUAGUUUGGCUUCUCAGGAUUCUGGUAUCCCCACACUUGAGAUCAAUCCACCUGAGCACGUCCAUGCCCGAGUCACCACGGCUGAGCUAUUGGUUCCACCUCCACUUGAUGAUAAUCCAGCUACACUAAACUUGGAUGUGUCAGACAAUUCCAUACUCAAGUCUUCAACUUUCCCACGUUGUGACUUUGACACAGUGCGUCUCUACAGCGGUGGCAGUCUGGGCGGUGCGAUGGGCAGGGGUACAUUGAACCGCAGUGAUGAUAUUUCAGUGGGCAGCGUGUCCAGUUUGAGUACUGAGUUUUCUGCUACGUUGUCAGUCAGUAAUGAAGACUUUUUAGACUUCAUGGUUACAUCAGAGUCCAGUGCAGUCGUUACAUUUGAGAAUGAAGAUGUCUUGCACCGUUCUGACAACUUACUCUCACCUUCCAAUGAUCUACAUGUAAGCAGCCCACAUCGACAAGCUGCAGGAUUGUCAACAUCACAUGAUGCCAGAACGAAAAGAAUGGGGCCGUUUGCACGCUUCUUUGACAGGAGUCUUUUUGCUAAGAAGAUGAAGGAUACUGCUGCACUAGAAGGUCAGAGAGAGCCUGGAUGGAGGCUGUUUGGUAAAGUUCCACUUAAAGACGUUCCAACCAAAGACCCCAGAGGAACACAAAAGGAAUAUGAAAGAAGGAGUGGACAAGCAGACAACUCCACGUCUCCCAAGAAGAAUGUAAGAAAGAACCUGGACUUCGAGCCACUUUCAACCACUGCACUUAUACUGGAGAACCGGCCGGCGAAUCUUCCAGCAAAGCCUGAAGAGGAGGCCCAGAAACACAAACAGGAAUAUGAAGAGAUGGUGGCUCAGGCCAAGAAAAGAGAGCUAAAAGAUGCCCAGAAGCGGAAGAAACAGCUGGAGGACCGGUGUAAACUAGAAGACAGCAUUGGCAAUGCUGCUCUCACCUGGAGUCAAGAGAUACUGCCCAACUGGCAAAGCAUGUGUUCAUUGAAGCGGGUGAGGGAUUUGUGGUGGCAGGGUCUGCCGCCUAGUGUGAGGGGCAAAGUUUGGAGUCUGGCAAUAGGCAAUGAGCUAAACAUCACAGAUGAGCUUUAUAACAUCUGUUUAUCAAGAGCCAAAGAGAAGUGGAAUGCCUUUCUAACACCAACGACUGCUGCAGAAACAGAGAUUGAAGAUAUAGGCUUGUCUAAUGCUGAUCGAGAGGCCAGUCUAGAGCUGAUAAAGUUAGACAUUUCCAGAACUUUUCCCAAUCUUUGUAUAUUCCAACAGGGUGGCCCAUAUCAUGAUGUAUUGCACAGCAUACUGGGAGCUUACACUUGCUACCGUCCCGAUGUGGGAUAUGUGCAGGGAAUGUCCUUUAUUGCAGCAGUGUUGAUCCUGAACAUGGACACUGCUGAUGCCUUCAUUGCUUUUGCUAAUUUGUUGAACAAGCCUUGUCAAAUGGCUUUCUAUAGAGUGGACCACAGCCUUAUGUUGACAUACUUUGCAGCAUUCGAAGUGUUCUUCGAAGAAAAUCUACCAAAGCUAUUUACGCAUUUUAAGAAUAACAGCCUGUCCUCUGAUAUUUAUUUAAUCGACUGGAUCUUCACCUUGUACAGUAAAUCCCUCCCACUGGACAUAGCGUGUCGUGUGUGGGACGUCUUCUGCAGAGAUGGCGAGGAGUUUCUCUUUCGUACUGCACUGGGUAUCCUGCGCCUUUAUGAGGACAUUCUCACCCGUAUGGACUUCAUCCACAUCGCUCAGUUCCUGACGCGCCUGCCUGACUACAUCUCUGCUGAUGAGCUCUUCUCCAGUAUAACCAAUGUCAACAUGAACUGCAAAAACAAGAAAUGGCCACAAGUUCUUCAGGCUUUGCAGAAAGGACAAGAUCGAGCCAGUCCACUACUGAAACACUGACUUCCUAUUUCAGCUUACAUUACAAAGAGAAAAUCACUUGUUGACUCCUACAUACCUCAUUGGAAAUAAAUGGAGUUCCAGCAGUCCGUCCUGUUCCAUACAAACUGAUGCUUGAAAACAAACUGAUACUUGCACAUGAACUGAGCACACAGGAACAAAAGCAACUCUGAUUCAGGGUAACUGUGGUGGGCAGGACCGGACUGAAGAAUGUGAGUUUGUUUCGUGUCUCUGUUUCCUCUCUGCUUCUUCCCUUUCACCAUUUUGACACUUAUCCAUAUUUUCCCUUCAACUAUAUAUAUUUGCUGUGGUUGUCUUAGAAUGUCGUUUUAUUUAAUGUUUGCUUUCCUAUCUGUUGUUUUAUUUUUUUCUUACAUUCUUUUCAAUUGAAAUGAGAUUCCUGACCAUCACACUGGUUCCCUUUCCUGCUAAACUCUAUCAAAGCUAAUUGUGUGAGUAAUUGUGUGAUGUAUUUGUAUUAUUGUCUUGUAAUCUCAAAGGGACAUUUAUGUGGAGAAAACUGAAGUUAUGCAUAUAUGAGGAGGUCAAAUUUGUGAAUUCUGUGAAUUUCAGUAAAUCCCAUCAUUGUUCUGUAAGAGUUUUGCACACUUAAUCAAAGUCUCCUUUUGAAGAACUAUCAUUUAUGCUACCUCUUGCUCUAUAACCCCUUUAUAUGUAACUCUUGAUUCAGAGAUUUGAGUGGAUAGGAAAGGAUAUAGUGUGUGUGUGGAAUUGUUACAGGAUUUCUUUCUCUCUUCCUAUUUCUUUUUAUAGUGCCACUGUAAAGCCAAACAUGCUGCAAGAAUGACAUUAGGAAGUUUAGACGGCUUUUAUUUGUGAUAUAAUAAUAAUAAUAAUAAUAAUUAUUAUUCUUAUUAUUAUUGUUAUAGGCUGACAACAGAUGUUUAAUGUAAUGAAUGUGGCUCCAUUUGGUGUAGUUCGGGUAAUAUGGUGGUUAGAAGUGUUGAAAAAGGUAGAUGAGAAAUUUGGGUGAGUUCGCUUCUUGAAGGUGUUGGUGGUUUGUCAGUCAUACAACUCAUCUCACAUUUAUUUAUGCUUGACAUCUCAUUACGUCUUAUAGCCUUGCUACAUUUUGCAGUAAUAUUUGACGUUAAAAACUGCAUGUGUGGAUUUAAAAAAAAUCUGAAAUUUGAUUAUUCAGAGACUGUAUGUCAUUUGAUUGGGAAGUUUGCACAAAUAUCAUGUUAAGUAACUUCAUAAACUUUGUCAUGUAAUGUUUUUUUAUAUAUCUGUUCUGGUUUAAUAUCUGUUCAGCCUAUUAGAUGGGACCAGAAUAUUACGGCAAUAACUCGUCUCAUAUUCACUCAUUUUCUUUUAGGAAGACGUGAAUGUGUGAUCUUGAGGACCAUUUUUUGGUUUUGGUCAUGAGCUUAUUUAUUAUAUUAAUUUAUGCUUUCCAAUAUUCAUCAGAAGUAAUGUAAUACAAAUUUAUAUAUGGUCAGUGUGUUCGUAUAAAUAUGAGGGCACAGCUAAGAAAAUAGUUUUCAAUGAAAUAAUCAGAUAAAGAAUAUUUGCAUUCAUACUUGCAUUCACUGUGGUGUGUUGAUGUUGUGUUGAGAUCAUUUAAAAAAAUAAGGGGGUGAGAUUUUUUAUCUUUGUGAUCACUAUGAUCGAAGGAAAGCUUCCCACCACUUUGUGGUUUUGAACCACACUACUGCAAUAAGCUGCUUUGCACAUGUUUUAUUUGUCCUUUUUCGUAGGUCUGUACUUUUUCUUUCCUGUGCUUUAUUUUUUCUUUAUUGUUAUAUACGAUUUUUAAUUAAAAUGCUUUCUUUGUAGUUAUCUUUUAUUUGUAAUUUUCUUUGCCCUGUGCCCAUCAAACCUUAAGUGCAAGUACUUUCAAUAACUUGACCAAAUAUGAUUGUGUCGAAUUGUGGAUUUGGAUACCUAUUAACAGUCCAAAAUGUUCAAUUUAAAGUAAUGAAAACUAUCUUAUACCUGCAAAGCUGACUUAUAUCUACAAACGGUGUGAAUUUAAGUUGUUGAACUUUGUUGUACUGAAAUGUGUCAGUGUUCAGUGUUUAACAGGACACCAGAGGACACAAAGCUGUCUUAUUUAGCUACAGUGGUCAUACAGCGCUGGUCAUAUAAGUGCAGAUGAUGAAAUUGAGUUUUCUGUUUUUGUUAAUGUUGAAAGAAUCGGUUCAUGAAAUGGAGGCAGUAUCGCAUCUAUGCCCGGAUGUGCUCUGUAUACAUUAUGACCUAUCAGAUGCAAACUGUGUGCAUGCAAUCUCACCUGAAGCUUUCAUUUAGCAUGCAUUGAUCUCAUUGAAUUACCAGCAUAAUAAAACAAACAUUACUUCUGGAGAAAUGAUGGGUGACAGAAGAGGUUUCUUUAAAAAAACAUCCAGACAUUGACCUAAAAUCACAAUGUUCUCUGUCUUAUUUAUGUAUUUGUUGUUUUGUCAAAUGAUCCUGCCUUUGUUUGAUUUUGUUUGGUAUUGACACAUGACUACUAAAAUAAAUGAAAAAGAAAAAAGUUA